UCAGUUCUGACGAGAUUUGGAAAAUCGGGGCCGGGGGCCGGCGAGCUGAGCCGAAAUUGCCAAGCUGCUCGGAACAUGAGGCGCCCGCCACGAGUUGGGGCCGACGCGGCGGGGCGCCUCCAGACUUGGCCCUUGGGCUCCGCCAGGCCCCUGCCCUGGAUUAAAAACCCCGCUCAGCGACUUGACUCAUUUGCUCGCGCGCGAGCGCACCUACACUCCCCCCCCGCACACCCCUGGACCCUUACCAGCCCCCGUCCCCGUGCCCCUGGUGCUUCACGGGGAUCCAUCUCCCCUGGCAGCCCAAGGCUGCCCCUCGUAGGGCCCUCCGGGAGGUCGCUUCCGGCCCACCUUCCUCCUGGCCCCAAGGAGUGCGUUGCAGCAUCCAGGCAGGGCCCACCUGCGCCAUCCUCCGACCCUUCUUCGCCCAAAGGGGGGGGGCAGGUGCUUCCCUCGCUCCUGGGAGCUCACAAGCAACACCUGGAAGGGGGCGGGGGGGGCUGCCUGCCUUCCCUCCCUUUCCGAGGAAUCCACUUGUUGCUGAGUUGUGGGGGGAGGACACCAAACGAGGGAGGGAGGGGAGCCCGAGAAUCACCAGCCCUCCCUCCGUUUCCCUCUCCUCAUCCCCAGGCCUCCCGGCGGGCCUCCGGUCGCCUUUGCAGUGAAGGGACCCUUCCUGGGCGUCGGUGUUUAACCCCGGACCACCGACAGCUGAAACCUUUUAAGGGCAACAGGAGGAGCCAAGGGCCCGUGCCUUAAGGGGCCUCCGGGACAGUGGAGUCCACCAUGCAGCCUCACCUGUGGACGUGGGUGAACCCUAGCCUGGUCUGCCCCAUUCCUGGGCCGGUGCUCUUCCCCCCAGCUGGCCAGGAGGCUCCUCCAGCCGCCCACUUGCUUUGCCUCCAGGAGGAACAGCUGUGCUCAUCCCUGGCCAGCCAAGCAGAGGAGAGGGGAGGGGAAGCCCCCCAGCCCGUGCUGGCUGAUCUCCCUCAGGCAGAAGACGCUCAAAGAGGCCAAACGCCAGCAUCUCGGAAAGCGAAGACUCUUCGGUCCCGGGGCAGGAAGCUGAAGAGGAUCCAGGGGGGCUGGGCCCGUCCGCCUCUGAACUACUGCAUCCUCAUCAGCCUGGCCCUGAGCAGCAGUGCGGACGGCAGCCUGACAGUGCAGGAGAUUUACCAGUUCACAAGGCAGCACUUCCCCUUCUUCCGCACCGCUCCGGAGGGCUGGAAGAACACCGUCCGGCACAACCUGUGCUUCAGCAGCAGCUUUGAGAAGACCACCGACUUUGUCUGCCUGGAAGGGAACCGCAAGUCCCGCCUGUGGAAGCUCACCUCCGAAGGGCGGCGGAAGUUCCAGGAGGAGAUGCAAGUGCUGACCGAGGAGGUGAUGGGGCUGGUGCACCAGAGCAUGGACAGGCCAGAAUUAAUGAGUUCUCUCUUUGGACUCUGAUCUGGAGGGCGCCUCCUCAGCCACGCAAGUGCAGAGAACGCCAACCCUAACUGGUCACUCACUUCUUUCUGGGAAGUGAUGUCCUUCUGAGGCCUUCAGAAGAGGACCUCCAAGUGGCUGGAAGGAAGCUGGAAGUGCCGAGGAAGCUGAAUCGGGGCCAUGUUCAGAGGCUCCUUCAGAGACAUCCUCUGGGGUGUGGAAGGACCCCAAGCUGGAAAAGACAGAGGACCUUUUGCCCCAUUGCCUGUGCUGUGGGUCACGUUUUGCUUCUUUAGGGCAGAGGUGGGCCGCCAUGACCCUCCAGAUGGGGCUGGACAGCAGGCCCCACUGCAUGGCGCUCUUCUCCACCCCUCCGUGCGCUUGGCGGCGCUGGCUCCCUUGGCUGAGCAUCAGAUUUUGCCGGUGAACAACACCUGGAGGCCAUUGUUUCCCACACAGCGAUUUCUUGGAGGUGGGCAGCAGACUCCCCCCCCUCCCCAUAUGACUGGAUUUGCCAAACCUCUGCUCAUCGCCCUGCCAGGAGGGCUGGGGGUGUGACCCCUUUUUUGUGUUGAGGGUUUCCUGAGGGAAGGAACGUUGGAAGAGAAAGUGCAAAGAGCUGGAUGUGGAGAGCUUUCAUUUUAUUUCUGAUGUUUUGGUUCCUGUUCUUGACAUGUGGAGAAUCCUUCAGCUGUUCCACAAUAAAAGAUUCUGAAACAGUGCAAUCAUCAUUCCUCUGUAGGGUUGGCCUG